CAGAGCCUGGGUCCCCUUGCUUUCUGUAAGUCAAACCGUGCGUGCUUGCAAAGAAGAACGGAAAAGACUUUGAAUUGGCAAAUCAAUAAUGAAUUACACCUCCAAAAUACUGCUGCCUCUGUAAACAGAACUCUUUAGCUGAUUUGAAGAGCCGAGGUGGCUUAACUGAUAUUGCGAGCUAUUUGGUGCCUUCUGGAACAACAACAAAUACGGUGGCCACGUCACGUAAAUCUGAAGAUGAAACUUGCAAGAAAUUCGACUUCCACGAUACGUCCGAGAUGAUAUUUUCUAUUUAAUAACAGAAUCAGACUUCCUGUUUCAAUAACUUUCGGAACUGCUGAUUUUAGGAUGAACUGGGUAUUUAUUCUUCGCAGAUUUUGCAGACUGCGUUCCUUCAGACGGACAGUGAUCUUUCUGGUCGUCAUUCUUGUCCAAAUCUGGCUUGCUGUUCCUGUAAUCUUUCAACAUAUAAAAGAUAACUGGCCCGAGACCUUUGAUGUGUCAGUUCCUGACAAUUUUCAGCCACCGUUUCUACCCAUAGUGAUUUUCAGCUCAUAUAGACCGAAAUAUUUGGAAAAGACUUUGAGAUCAAUUGCAAGCUCUGGGAAUGUCCAACCAACCACACCGUGUUUAUUUAUUUUGCAUCAUACAAAACACUCUACUAUGGAUGACAUCAACGAGACUUAUAAAGUCCUUGGAAAAAUCACAUUCUGUAGGAAGCUCGUCUCGACCUAUGGCAAUGAUAAGGAAGAAAGGACCCCUGCUGUGUUGAAGUCACACUGGUGGCUAGUGAUGAAAAAGAUUUUUGAGGAGAAAGAUCCUUUCCAGCUUAAGAGCAACAGCACCUACACUGGGGAUGUGUUUUUCAUUGAAGAUGAUGCAAUUCUUUCACCAGAUUUUAUGGAGGUCAUGUGGUUUUCCUUAUAUGUGAAAAAUACCUUUCCGGAGACCUUAUUUAGCACCUUACAAGGUAUGGGGAGUGAAAACCUUGUUGAACAUCAGCCAGAUACUUUUGUUAUCAGCCAAGUACCUGUGGUUGAAAGUGUCUGCUAUUCCUUCAAUGUCACUGCGUGGAACUAUAUCAAGAAAGUAGAGAAAGAGUCUGUAGCUUACACAGAAAAAGACUGGCCUUUAGCUCUGGGUCUACUGCUUUUCUACGAUCGCAAUGAAACUGUCCAAAUAGUGGCACCAACAAUUAGUCGGAUCUGGCAUGUAGGGGGAAAGGAUCUCUCAUCCACAGACCAGAGUGAUAUCCAAUUUGGCUCUGAUAAUUUGCCUCCGUGGAAGAAAGCCAAGGAGCAAAGAUACCUGAACAUGCAUAAAGCCAGAAUCCUGCCUGGCAUUCGAGACAUGUAUGGUCGCCUGUGCCACCCUUGUGAGCUGGAAUCUCGGGUGACUAAAUUUCCAAGUAGCAAUUUUCCAUGUCGCUGCUUCUGUCCAGUUAGUAAUUUUAAAAAGUAUUGGAACUGGCAGAUAGCUGCAUUUGUACCUGCCACAAAACGUAUGGUACAUUGUCAGCUUGUGUCCCAUUUGAUGAUUAUGGUUGUGUUUAUAAUCACUGGGGUGGUGAUGUUUGGAUAUCUAAUGGUAUCAAAGUAGCCCUCCUUAAAACAGAAUUAAUAUAACAUAGAAUUGAGAAAGCAUAAUGCCAAUUAUUACUUCUUCUCCUUGACACUAGUGGCCAUGAUUUGAAGUAUGAGUCAGGGCUGUAAAUUAUACCUGAAUGAUUCACUUUAUUAAAUAUUAUUUUGGAUAUCAACAAUGGCCAAGAUAGCGAAAUCCAGGUUUUUGUAAGUAGGCUAGUUUUAUGGGGGGACACAGUAUUAAAGAAAAGAAAAAAAAACCUAGUGCCAUUAAAUGGUAAUUAUUUGUUGCUUGUUUUAAUCAAAUAUAGUUAUUUUUACAUUUUGAGCUUACAAAUAUUUAUAGGGCUAUACAUUGGGUCUAUUGCCUUUCUUUCUCAGGAAUAAAAUUUUUCCAAAUUGGACUAAGUUUAUUGCAGUUGUGGAAACAUUAGUUGUCUAUUAAGUUACUGAAUAGUUGUAUAUGAAUAACUGAUAAUGCUACAUAGUGGUUUCCAUAACUAACCUUUGAAAGAAGUGUACCACUAAAAAUAUGGUAAUUUAUGCAAUCAUUGUCAACAUAUAACUCAUCUAAUUGUUACAUACAAAAGGCAUAGCAAUUAUGUGUUUUUCUAAGUAAAGCUGGUGAUGUUAGCAUUGAAGAAGUCCAGAAGUCAUCAUAGGCCAAAAAGUACUUUGUGUUUCCCUUUAAAGAAGAAAGAAAAAUCAUUUGUCGAUUUCAUAAUGUAAUUUACGAUACAAACCUAUUGCUACAUAUUGCUGUGUGCUGUUAGUUUCAUUGUCAUGAUCUAUCAGAUAUCAAACAAUAAAAGAAUCAUUUAAUUUCUUAAAAA